CUUAGGCGGCAGCGCUCGCCAUUGCCGCUGGUGGCAGGAGGCUGCGAGGAGCCGGCGCGGUCGCAGUCUCCACGGCGCAGGCCCACGGUAGCGCAGCCGCUCUGAGCGGUACGUGGGCCUCUCACUGUUGUGGCCUCUCCCGUUGCGGAGCACAGGCUCCAGAUGUGCAGGCUCAGCGGCCAUGACUGACGGGCCCAGCCGCUCCACGGCAUGUGGGAUCUUCCCGGACCGGGGCAUGAACCCGUGUUCUUUGCAUCGGCAGGUGGACUCUCAACCACUGCGCCAUCAGGGAAGCCCCGGGAUUUUAAUUUUUGAAUAGGUACCUUCUCACUCAGGGCACUGUGACAGACACAGGGUUGUAAGCUGUAAUGUGGAGACGACUUUCCUCUUUGGCAGUAGAUCUUCAUGGAGGAACACGGAGUGACCCAAACUGAACACAUGGCUACCAUAGAAGCCCAUGCAGUGGCCCAACAAGUUCAGCAGGUCCAUGUGGCUACCUACACUGAACACAGUAUGUUGAGUGCUGAUGAAGACUCACCUUCUUCUCCUGAGGACACCUCAUAUGAUGAUUCAGACAUACUCAACUCCACAGCGGCUGAUGAGGUAACAGCCCAUCUGGCUGCUGCAGGUCCUGUGGGAAUGGCUGCUGCUGCUGCUGUGGCAACAGGAAAGAAACGGAAACGGCCUCAUGUGUUUGAGUCUAAUCCGUCUAUCCGGAAGAGACAGCAAACACGUUUGCUUAGGAAACUUCGAGCCACAUUAGAUGAAUAUACUACUCGAGUGGGACAACAAGCUAUUGUCCUUUGUAUCUCACCCUCCAAACCCAACCCUGUCUUUAAAGUGUUCGGUGCAGCACCUUUGGAGAAUGUGGUGCGUAAGUACAAGAGCAUGAUCCUGGAAGACCUGGAGUCUGCCCUGGCAGAGCACGCCCCUGCGCCACAGGAGGUUAACUCAGAGCUGCCGCCUCUCACCAUCGAUGGAAUUCCAGUCUCUGUGGACAAAAUGACUCAGGCCCAGCUUCGGGCAUUUAUUCCAGAGAUGCUGAAGUACUCCACAGGUAGGGGAAAACCAGGCUGGGGUAAAGAAAGCUGCAAGCCCAUCUGGUGGCCUGAAGAUAUCCCAUGGGCAAACGUUCGGAGCGAUGUCCGCACAGAAGAGCAAAAGCAGAGGGUUUCAUGGACCCAGGCACUACGGACAAUAGUUAAAAACUGUUAUAAACAGCAUGGGCGGGAAGACCUUUUGUAUGCUUUUGAAGAUCAGCAAACACAAACACAGGCCACAACCACACACAGUAUAGCCCAUCUUGUACCAUCACAGACCGUAGUCCAGACCUUUAGUAACCCUGAUGGCACUGUCUCGCUUAUCCAGGUUGGUACAGGGGCAACAGUAGCCACAUUGGCUGAUGCUUCAGAAUUGCCAACCACAGUCACUGUUGCCCAAGUGAAUUAUUCUGCUGUGGCUGAUGGAGAGGUGGAACAAAAUUGGGCCACGUUACAAGGAGGUGAGAUGACCAUCCAGACGACACAAGCAUCAGAGGCUACCCAGGCGGUGGCAUCAUUGGCAGAGGCUGCAGUGGCAGCUUCUCAGGAGAUGCAGCAGGGAGCCACGGUCACCAUGGCACUCAACAGCGAAGCUGCUGCCCAUGCUGUCGCCACCCUGGCCGAGGCCACCUUGCAAGGGGGGGGACAGAUAGUCCUGUCUGGGGAAACCGCAGCAGCUGUCGGAGCACUUACUGGAGUCCAAGAUGCUAAUGGACUAAUCACCGGUUCUACCCAAUUCUGGAAGACCCCUCGAGGACUGGUCCAGAUCCCUGUGAGCAUGUACCAGACUGUGGUAACCAGCCUCGCCCAGGGCAACGGGCCGGUGCAGGUGGCCAUGGCCCCUGUGACCACCAGGAUAUCGGACAGCGCGGUCACCAUGGACGGCCAGGCUGUGGAGGUGGUGACGUUGGAACAGUGACAUGCAGCCAUAUCGUGGCAUCGUUUUCUAGUCUACUUCAACAUUUUUUACACGUUUGCAGAGGUGCAAUCAAAUGGAAUUAAGUCUCUCGACUUUGGAAGAAAAGUUUUGUUAACCUUUUUUUUAAAAAGGAAGAAAGGCAGCGGAUUUUGGAAUUGCAUUUUUUUAAAGCACCACUCUUGAUUUUCUGGGAUUAGUGGAACAAGAUACUGCAUUGUCAAUUUCACUGUCCCCAAAAAAGCCAAAUUGUGGCAAGGACUUCUUUCUGCAAAAACGUGUGUAUACUUCUGUGUGUGUAUGUGUGAGUGUGAAUAUAUGUAUAUGUGUACAUAUGGAUAUACACAUUUACAUAUAUAUAUAUAUAGUAUAUACGUGUGUGUAUGUAUAUGUGUGUGUAUGUGUGUGUGUGUAUAUAUAUGUGUGUAUAUAUAUAUAUAUAUAUAUACAUAUAUAUAUGUAUGUGUGUAUGUAUGUAUGAAACCCACAUGGAUUUAUCUGUAUGAGAUCAAGGUGAGCUGUGGAAAAAAUAAUUCACCCAGUUUAGUGGGUGUUGGGUACGUGGCGAGACACAGCCACCAGUUUUUGUUCAUACCAGGGUCAUGCGUUGAGCUACUGACAAACUCAGGCAGAGGUGACCAUGCCCUUCACCAAAGCUGCCUCCCAGUGGCCACCCAGAACUCUCCCUGCUGGACUUGCCUGAGGAAGGAUGUUCCAGAGUGGGGUGAGGUCCAGAAAUUGUGCUUGCAGGGUCCAGGGCCUCGUGGUCUGGCAGCUGGGACGCUCCUCGGGCUGGCCCAGGUGCUGACCUUGCCACAGGCAAGUGAAUGUUCUUAAAACUCCCAGGCAGGGAUGAGAGGGUUUUCCUCAGCCUCCCAUCUCCUCCCCUCCCCAGGAAAUCUUCUUGAUCUCAUGACUAUUAACGUGUCGCUUUGGUUUUAAGGUCAGUCCUGAAUUGGUCGUGUAUAUGAACUGAAGGUAACAGAAGUAUUAAGGGUUUGAGGAGUGCGUGCGUGUUAAGUGUGCUUGUGGGUGUGUGCGUGGUG